GUUUUUGAAUUUGUUUAAAAUUUUUUGGCUUUUUUUUCUUCAGAAUCUGAAAGCAAUGUAAGGUUUAGGUAUAAAAAAAGAUGAGAUGCAAAGUAUAUGAACGGAAAAUAUUUUGACCUAGUUGCAAUAUGGGAAGAGUAGAGGGGCUACGCGUAUAUUUUACGUCUCCUGAAGCUAAACACAAGCUUUUUGGUUUGAGUUUAAUUAAUGAUUCCACCUUGUGCUCCCAAAUUAUCACAAAAGCUACUGAGUCCCUAUACAACCACUAUAUUCACCAACACUCUCUCCCUCCUCCAUGAACCCGCUAUUCUUUUCCACCCAAAAUUACACCAACCAUCAUUGCUUCACCUCACCACCACCGCCUCCCUCUCCAAAAGUGAUCACCUCAACAGUGCCCACCACGUGUUCGAUGAAAUGCUUCAACCAAAUUACAAAGCUUGUAACACAAUGCUUAAGGAAUACACUGCAACAUGCCAACACUCUCAGUCCCUUUCCUUGUUCAUGUGCAUGCAUAAGUGGAAUCUGAGACCUGAUUGCUUUGCGCUUGCUGCGGUUGCCAAAUCAGCCGCCGCGCUCCGUAACAAUGUGUUCGGGAGAUCCCUUCAUGGGUUUGCAGCGAAAGAGGGGUAUGCAAAGGAAGUAGCUGUGGAGAAGGCUCUGAUGGAUAUGUAUUCUAGGUUUGGUUUGCUUAGUGAGUCCUAUAAGGUGUUUGAUGAAAUGGGUUGGAGAGAUUCAGUUGCUUGGAACAUCAUGCUGACGGGUUUCGCUCGCGAGGGACUUAGUGAGAAGGCGAUGGGUUUGUUCUACUCGAUGCACGUUUGUGGUGUCGAGGGAAUUAAGCCUACUGCCGUGACAAUUGCGGUUAUCCUCCCUGUUUGCGCAAAGUUGAAGCUUUUGAAGCCCGGUUUGAGUGUUCAUGGGCUCGCAAUCAAGAUCGGAUUGGAUUCGGAUACUUUAGUAGGGAAUGCGCUUGUCUCAAUGCACGCAAAGUGCGGUAGAGUUUUGGAGGAUGCCCACAGAGUGUUCUUGCUGAUCGGUUGCAAGGAUGUCGUUUCGUGGAAUUCGAUUAUUUCUGGCUUUUUGGAAAAUGGGUUCUAUGAAGAAGCAUUUGAUUUGUUUUCUCACAUGGUGUCGAUGCGAUUCCUACCUAAUUAUGCGACAAUUGCCAAUGUUCUUCCUAUCUGUGCAUUUGUAGAAGAUGGGAGGUACUAUGGAAAAGAAGUUCAUUGUUAUUUAUUGCGAUUUGGCUUAGAAAAAGAUCUUUUAGUCAAUAAUGCACUUCUUACGCACUAUGCGAAGGUGGGAGACAUGAAGAGAGUCGAGUUUAUUUUCAAACAGAUGCAUUCAAGAGAUAUUGUGACAUGGAACACAGUAAUCGCAGGAUAUGCGAUGAACGAAUGGUACUCUAAAGCUCGAGAUUUGUUUCACGAACUUUUGUCAACUGGGGCCAAUCCUGAUUCGGUUACUCUCAUCAGUAUACUCCCUGUUUUGGCUCAAUUGGGUGACAUCGAAGAGGGAAUGAAGAUCCAUUUUUACAUCCUCAAGCAUCCCGUACUUCUCCAAGAAACAUCCUUAAUGAAUGCGCUUGUAAGUUUCUAUGGGAAGUGUGGCGAAUUAGAUGAUGCACUUUCUGUUUUUAAGAGGAUUCAGAAAAGAGACUUGAUAUCAUGGAAUGCGAUACUUUCGACAUACGCUGAUAACGAACACUGUGAGAAGUUCUUCGAUCUUUUGCAUGAAAUGAUUCAUGAAGGGAUCUCACCUGAUUCAGUGACUGUCUUGGGUGUUCUCCGGGUGAGUAUAUUAUGUGGUAUUAGAAUACUCAGAGAAGCCCAUGGUUAUUCCUUUCGAUUGGGCUACACAAGUGAAUUGGUAGUACAAAAUGCUAUACUUGAUGCAUAUGCGAAAUGCGGUAAAGUUGACGCUGCAUACAAAGUAUUUAGGAGUUUUGCCGGUAAGAAUGUGGUCACUGCAAAUACAAUGAUUUCAGGCUAUGUGAAACAUGGUACCCAAGAGAAUGCCGAAACAAUCUUUCACCAGAUGAGCGAGAGGGAUCUGACUACAUGGAAUUUGAUGAUUCAAAUUUACGCUCAGAAUGAAUGUACAAAUCAAGCUUUUAGUUUGUUCCAUGAAUUGCAAAAUGAAGGACUGAAACCUGAUGCAGUGAGCAUUAUGAAUAUCCUUCCUGCUUGCACUUCUUUAGCUUCUAUUCACCUAGUAAGACAAUGCCAUGGCUACAUUCUCCGAACUUCUCUAGGAGAUAUUCACCUCGAAGGAGCUCUUCUUGAUUCUUACUCCAAAUGCGGUAACAUAAUCGAUUCAUAUAACCUAUUCCGAGUUAGCCCACAAAAAGAUCUUAUCACAUUCACUGCCAUGAUCGGUGGUUAUGCAAUACACGGUAUGGCAGAAGAAGCGCUGGGAAUAUUCGCUCAAAUGCUUGAAUUGAAUAUAAAACCCGAUCACGUAAUUAUGACUUCCCUUCUAUCAGCAUGCAGUCAUGCUGGGCUGACAGAUGCCGGUCAGAAGCUUUUUGAGUCCAUUAAGGAGGUUCAUUGUAUUGAACCCACAAUGGAGCACUACUCUUGUAUGGUGGAUAUUCUCGCGAGAAGUGGGCAGAUUCGAGAAGCCUAUGAGUUCAUACUGAAAAUGCCUUGUGAGGCUAAUGCCAGUGUGUGGGGUCCUCUAUUAGGAGCUUGCAAGACCCACAAGGAGGUAGAGAUCGGUCGGCUUGUAGCGAAAAGGUUAUUUGAAAUUGAGGGCGAGAAUAUCGGAAACUAUGUGGUGAUGUCAAAUAUUUAUGCCGCCAAUGAGAGAUGGGAUGGUGUUGGGGAGGUGAGGAGGAUGAUGAAGUCGAAGUAUUUGAAGAAGCCAGCUGGAUGCAGCUGGAUUGAAGUGGAGAAGUCGAGGCAUUUAUUCGUGGCUGGUGAUCUGUGUCAUCUCAGAAGAGUAAAUAUCCAUGAUAUGUUGACGAGUUUGGAUCAACAAAUUAAAGAUCCAAUGGUUGAUAUGAUGGAGGUUUAGGUUAACUGGCAUUUUGUAUUUUGGAGGACGCAAAAAGACGGACAUAUAGAUGGAGAUGUGUUGGAACGGAAAGUUGAUCAUUCUUCAUCCUUCAAUUGGAGAAGCAAUUUUCAAGGAGGUUCUUCACAGAUGAUUUCAUUGAGUAAUGCAACAAAGAGUAUUCAAUUGCAUCUGGAAGAUGUGUAAAAAUAUACACUCUUCUUUCCAUACCUGCAGUUAUUUUUUCAUGUAGUUUGGACAUCAAAACAACUUAGCUCUGACCUCUCCCAGAAUGUGAAAUUUGUGUCGAGUCAACACUGCAGAUUCUUCGGCGACAUGAAUCAGCGCAAGGCAAAGCGUUAACCUUAUCAAGUCACAAUCUAAAAAUCCAGUUCAUCAGCAUCAUGAAGCACAUUUACCUCCACACCUCCUUCUGCUAUGCGUACAGUUAUCUGCUGGAUUCAUAGGAUUCUGAUCGGCAGUGAUGAUGUUGGGGCUGUCAAGUGGCGCCACAUCCUCCAUCUUAUACCCGUCGUCGUCUCGUAGAAGCCUCUCACUUCCAUGGGAGACCAAACCUCG